CCAAUGCAAUUUUCCAAUAAUAAAUAAUCAUGCUUCCCAUUAUUUUUGUUUGGUCAACCUCUUUAUACAUAGUCUCUUCUUCUACUUGAGAUUUGAGAUAUCUUUUUGUACAGAAAAAAAAAAAUAACAGCGUCGCUUGCUUAUCCCGAGUGUUACUGUCGGGGAAGAAACUUAGGAAGACAAGACCCAACAAUUCGUAGGGAAUCAAACUCACUCAGGGUUUCAUAUACGCCGGAGAUAUUAGGAUUUCGUAUAAUUCCUGAUCCAAACUCGGGUCAAGACCCGCUUCUGUUUUUUUUUCCCCCACCAUUACCAGAAACAGAGCCGAUCCAAAUCCUGAAUACGAUGAGAAAACGUCAUCCCAAGGCUUCAGAUUCUUCAGAGCCAUCUUCCAGCAAAGAAAUCGAUAACGAUGCUCUCGUCAAAGAGGAUGAUGUGCAGGCUGAUGUUAGAAGAUCGGGGAAAGUAUGGCUCUCACUGUUGAUUCUGAUCACAUACUCCUCUUGGGCUGUUUACAACUAUCAGACUGGGAAUCUACCUCGUCCCUUAACCGCGAAACAAGCUGGCAAAAGGGGUUUCUCUGAGAUUCAGGCAAUGAAACACGUCACGGCUUUGACUCAGUUUGGUCCCCAUCCCGUUUCUUCUGAUGCUCUUGUCCAUGCCCUUGAGUAUGUAUUGGAAGAAGUUGAGAAAGUUAAAGAGACUGCUCAUUGGGAGGUUGACGUGAAUGUUGACUUCUUCGAAUCCAAAUCCGGUGUGAAUCGUCUGGUCGGUGGUCUUUUCAAAGGGAAGUCGCUUGUGUAUUCGGAUAUAAGUCACGUUGUGCUGAGAAUCUUGCCGAAAUAUGAAUCAGACGCAGGAGACAAUGCUAUUCUGGUAUCUUCUCACAUUGAUACCGUCUUCUCAACAGGUGGGGCUGGAGAUUGUAGCUCAUGUGUAGCUGUGAUGCUUGAACUAGCUCGAUCUGUUUCUCAAUCGGCUCAUGGAUUCAAGAACUCUAUUAUCUUCUUGUUCAAUACUGGAGAGGAAGAAGGUCUUAAUGGCGCUCAUAGCUUUAUUACUCAGCAUCCAUGGAGUUCCACAGUACGUUUAGCUAUUGAUUUAGAAGCCAUGGGUAUAGGUGGAAAGUCCGCUAUUUUUCAGGCUGGCCCGAGUCCGUGGGCUAUUGAAAACUUUGCUUUGGCCGCGAAACAUCCGUAUGGUCAGAUCAUCGGACAGGAUCUGUUCACUUCUGGACUCAUAAAGUCAGCUACUGAUUUCCAAGUAUACAAGGAGGUUGCUGGUCUCUCAGGACUGGACUUUGCUUUUGCAGACAAUACUGCUGUCUAUCACACUAAGAAUGAUAAGAUAGAGCUACUAAAGCCAGGAUCGCUCCAGCAUCUUGGUGAAAACAUGCUUGCUUUCCUCCUCCGUGUUGCUUCAUCUUCUGAUCUACCAAAGGAUAAAACAGUCCAUGGAGAGGAGAAAUCAAACCCGGACUCAGCUGUCUACUUUGACAUUUUGGGGAAGUAUAUGGUUGUAUACAGGCAAAGCUUUGCGAAGAUGCUAUACGUUUCAGUGAUCAUGCAGUCGAUUCUUAUAUGGGUCUUGUCUUUGCUCAUGGGCGGUUCUCCGGCUGUUGUGUCUCUCCUCCUGUCGUGUUUGAGUAUCGUUCUCUCGUGGAUACUCUCAGUAGCGUUCUCUGUAGCUGUUGCCUUCAUACUUCCCUUGAUAUCUUCAUCGCCUGUGCCGUAUGCCUCAAACCCAUGGAUGGCUAUUGGACUGUUUGUGUCCCCCGCGGUUCUAGGGUCGAUAACCGGUCAGCAUGUGGCCUUUAUCUUCCUUAAGAAGAACUCAUCGAACCGGAACUCGAACAGGACGGGACUCUCACCGAGACUAAGGGAUAAUUUGGCCAAGCUUGAGGCUGAGAGGUGGCUGUUCAAAGCCGGUUUUAUACAGUGGCUUGUUGUUCUGGCCUUUGGAACCUAUUAUAAACUUGGAUCAGCUUACCUCGCUCUACUUUGGCUAGUUCCUCCUGCAUUUGCAUAUGGAUUGCUCGAGGCGACUUUGACUCCAAUCCGAUUGCCAAAGCCACUCAAACUCGCGACUCUCGCUAUCAGCUUGGCCGUACCGAUUAUGGUUUCAUCCGGCAGUUUUAUCGGGUUAACCAGCACAAUGAUCGGUAUGCUCGUUCGGUUUGACAGGAACCCAGGAGGAACUCCAGAAUGGCUAGGCAGUGCGUUGAUCGCUGUUGUUAUUGCUACUUUCAUAAGUUUGACUGUUGUAUACCUCCUGGCUUAUAUCCAUCUCUCAGGUGCGAAAAGAUCGAUUGUCAUUGCAUUAUGCAUGAUCACUGCCCUCUCUCUUGCUCUUGUGACUUCUGGUGUUCUUCCUGCAUUUAACGAAGAUACUGCAAGAACACUAAAUGUAGUACAUGUUGUGGAUACAAGCGGGGAAGAGCAAGUGUCGUUCAUAACGCUAUUCUCAAACACUCCUGGAAACCUGAACAUUGAAGCAGAGCAGAUUCAAGAAGGGUUCACUUGUGGCAGAGAGAAUAAGGUUGAUUUCGUCAGUUUCGAAGCUAAGUACAGCUGUGUGACCAAGAAAGACGCUGAAGCUGGAUGGGACAAGAACGAUAUUCCGGUUCUGCGUGUCAUAAACGGCGACAAAGAGAGUGACGAGAGGAAGAGAAGAGUCAUAUCGGUUUCAAUGGACACAGGAGGAUCUUGUCGCUGGACUCUUGGCAUUGACAUGGAGGAAAUAGAAGACUUUACAUUGCAUGUUGUAGGUGAGGAUGAAGAGUUGAUGAUAGUACAAGGCGAGAAAAGGAGCAACGAAGAAGGAUGGCAUCAUAUUCAAUUCUCAGGCGGGAAAAAGUCGGCGACAAGGUUUGUUCUGAAACUUUACGAGAAGAAGGAAGAGGAGAAGAAGAAGAAGAAGAAGGAGAAGAAGGAAAGACCUGUGUUGAAACUGAGAACUGACAUGGAUCGUGUCACUCCACAAGUCCAAAGGGUUAUCCAGAGAUUUCCUUCGUUUUGCUCAAUGUUUGGAAAAUCCACUUCUCCUUUCACUCUCGCCUUUCUUGCUUCUCUUCCUUACACCAAAUAACACUUGCCUGCUUCUUCUUGGUAACGCGUGUUUUUAUUAAAAAUGCACAAUACGAUUUUUUUGUUGUUGUUGUCCAGAUCAAAGCACGAGUUUGAGGUCAAGAGAGUAAAUGAACUGUAAAAACAGGAAGAAAUUUAGCGCGUAAAUUACUAAAAAUGCAAUUAAACUAUGUACCAAAUCGUUUUUCAGGA